CGCACGAGGCCCCCGCCGUCCAACGGAACCAUGAGCACGCCCGAGGCGGCAUGCAAGCGCAACACCUGAGAGCGCGUCGUCCGUGGCACGGUGGCAUGGCAGGCAGGGCAGUUCAGCUGUCUCCUUUCGCUUUCUCUUCUCCCCCCCAAGUCGACCGACGCGGGUAAGCAACCGUGUCUGUGCAGCUCCUACAAAUACAGACGCUCGGCGAUGCACUCUUCCUAAUCCUAUCCAUUCCCUUCAUCUUCAUAGCAGCAAAGCCUCUUUUCUCCAUCCUCCUCUAGGUUCUUGAUCGCUUCAGGAAGACACAUCAGUAAUUCCAUCAUGAGCUACCAGCAGGGCGCCACCGCCACGGCCUACCCUCCGCCGGGCCAGCAGCAGCAGCAGGCCUACGUAGCGCCGCCGCCGCCGGCCGGCUACCCGCAGAAGGACCAGCAGUAUCCUGCCGCCGCCGGCGCCGACACCACCACGAGCCGCGGCGGCCAUGGACACCACCACGGCGGCGGCUUCUGGAGAGGCUGCUGCGCCGCUCUGUGCUGCUGCUGCCUCCUCGACGCCUGCUUCUGAUCAAGUCAAUUUCAUCCAUCGUGCUCGGUUAGGCUACGUGGCCUAACGACUGCACCUGCUGUUCAUCACGGUUGAUGUGGAGUCCGGAUGUCAUCUAGUAAUUGUUUGUUUUCCUUUUUCGCUUGGUUGGUUACACUUUUGUGAGCAGUGCUAUUUGUUGGUUGCUCAGCACCAUUUCUGUGUAGUAUGUCAUGGUGAUGUGGCCCGAUCUCUUGUACAUUGAUUAUGUUAAUAUAUAAAGAUGGUUAGUAAUAUCACUGUGCAACAGUCGCUUCA